AUGGCAACUGUGCUCACCACCUCCGUGCCCUGGCAUGAUGGCGAAAGCAAAAUGCAUCGGCUUCUGCGCGUUCCAAACCAGGACAAUCCCACCGUGCCGUUCCUCAAUCACGGAGCAGGUCUGCUGAUCAGGAGGUCUCCUUUGCUUGCGAUAGGAGCUCUGGAUAAUGAAGGGAAGCCUUGGUGCUCCCUCUGGGGUGGAGAGGAGGGCCUCGCGACUCCGACAUCUGUUUCCAGCUUCGACAUCAAGACUCCUGUUGGGAGGACCUAUGACCCCGUUGUGGAGAGUCUACUGCUUGACCCUGCGGGGAGUAAUGGGAAGCCAGUGGCCUUUCUAGCUGUUAAUCUCGAAAGUCGAAGAAGGGUGAAGUUGUUCGGCAAGAUAACUGCUGGGUCAUUAAACGUCACGGGCGAAGACGAGCGUAUUCGCGCGGGCAUCGCGCAUCUUACCGUCCAUGUUAAUGGCAGUCUCGGUAACUGUCCUAAAUACCUCAAUGCAAAGCGUAUUGUUCCUGCGCCACCUGAUCCGAAACUCAUCUCAGAAACACCUCAGCUGCACCCCCAGGCCAUGGAGCUUCUAAGUCAUGCAGAUUGCCUGUUCAUAUCCUCAUCACACAGAGCCCAGGACAUGGACACAAACAUCCGCGGAGGACCUGCAGGGUUUGUCCGUGUCUUGUCAAAUGAGCCUGCUGGUGCAGUGUUUGCGUACCCAGAGUACUCCGGAAACCGGCUCUACCAGACUCUUGGUAAUCUUCAGAUAACGCCGCUGGCAGGCUAUGUCUUCCCUGACUUUGAAACGGGAAAUGCAUUGUUCGUUACAGGUAGGACGGAGAUUCUCAUUGGGAAAGAAGCGUCAUCCAUCCUUCCUCGCUCGAACCUUGUAGUCCGGGUGUCCGUCACCUCAGCUCGCUUUGUCGGGAAAGCACUUUCAUUUCGAGGCGUCCCCGGAAAGUCCUCCCCGUAUAACCCUACCGUUAGAUACCUCGCAACUGAGAAAAACUCCGCUGCAGCGCUGGGUAAUUAUGAGUCGUCCGUCACAGCAACGAUGAUAGAGAAGCACAUUAUCACCCCGUCAAUUGCGCGUUUUCGGUUUCGCAUAUCAGAUCCUACGGAAGCUGGGACAUGGACACCAGGCCAGUAUGCGACAUUUUCGUUCUUUGAUGAGCUGGACAUGGGUUACAGUCAUAUGAUGGACGACGAUCCAUCUAGUUUAAAUGACGACUAUGUACGUACGUUCACCAUCUCGUCGUCUCCAGGCCACGUUCCCAUCGGCGAGUUUGAGAUAACGAUCCGAAAACACGGGAAUGUGACUCGCUAUCUGUUUCAGACAAGUGAUAGGGCUGGACUGGAAGUACCUCUAAAGGGGUUUGGGGGCGAGUUUCGACUACCGGAACCGAGCAGUGGUAUACUGCCAUUCAUAGCAGGGGGAAUCGGAAUUACGCCUAUUCUCGCCCAGAUCCCCGUUAUCGAUGUUAGCCUGCUACGGCUUUUUUGGUCCAUCUCAAUCAAGGAUAUCGCUUUAGUAUUGGACACCUUCAAACGGUUUCCAAAGCUGCCACCUGUAACGACAGUGUUCAUUUCUGGGCUAGACACUCAGAGUGACGAGACCAGCCCUGAAUUGGAGGUAGCCGCCUCAUCUGGAGCGCAGAUCAGAGGGCGCCGAGUGGAAGCUCAAGACCUCGAUCUUUCGCUCGCCAAUGUGUGCCGAAAAACGCGUCACAGUGCUGCUGCCUCCCGCUGGAGCUAUCCCGGCCCUGGUCCCUCACUGACUCCGCUACAUAAACCACGCCCGAUCUCCGGCCUUACACUCCAAGGGAACUUCUCAAUCCUUACAAUCCGAUAUCCUCUCACGUCAGACAUCUCCCUCUUCUACAGAUUAGUCCAACACAACCAAGAGGACAACUCGUCCUCCCCGCUCACCACCAUGUCCACCUACGAAGGCAAGAAGCAAUCCCCAAGCCCACUAACCAAGAAGCACCAACUGACCCAUCAACUCUUCCAACAGUUGAACACAACCUUACCUCCGAUCCCUCAACCCCUCAAUCCCAAACCCAAACGCGCCGCCGCCGUCCCGACCUCUCUACCUUCUUCGCGACUCUCUCCGAAAUCUCCCCGGAUGAAGCCCGCUCGCGCCGCCAUGCUGUGCCCGUCCCCGGCGACGUCAGCGCCGCAUUCUACUCUCUCGCCGAAGCGCUAA